AUGCGUAACGUGUGGACUAUGGAGCAGAGCUUGGCUGAGGACUCUGGUGGGGGAGAUCAGGUUGGACCUUUACUGGAAUGCCGCAGCUGUAAGGGCAUGAGAGUGAGAUCUCUACCCCGGCCUUAUGUACAGGGAGCAAGAGCAGCAAGCAUGAGAGGAACUCCCCGAUCUCAUAAUAUGUUUUGGAGACCUUGGCUCCUCAGCAGCUCCAGAAAGGAUGGAAAGGUCUUGCCAGAUGCCUACAGCUUGUGUGAAAAUAAUCACUUGGCACAGAAACAUACAGAGUACAGUCACCCUGUGAGAUUAUUUUGGCCAAAGUCCAAGUCCAUUAGUCACAUGUACCGAGAAGCAAAUGACUUGUUAAGAAACUUCCCCGUCCAAGCCACAAUAUCUUUCUACAAUGACUCUGAGUCUGAUACAGACAAUGAAGAUGACCAGAGUGAAGAGGAACUAGAUUCUGGAUUUGAAUCUGCAUAA